CUCCCCUCGCCCUGCCCAGCCACUGCCCCUCCAGCCACUGCCCCUCAGCCUGCCCCUCAGCCACUGCCCCUCAGCCACUGCCCACAAGCCACUGCACCUCAGCCACUGCCCAACCACUGCCCCUCAGCCACUGCCUGACCACUGCCUGACCACACCACUUACAACAGCUCCCCCUCAGCCACUGCCCCACAACCACUCCCCCUCAGCCACUACACCUGAACCACUACCCCUGGCCACACGCAACCACUGCCCCACAACCACUGCCCCUGGCCACACCCCACAGCCACUGCCCACCCACUGCCACAACCACUCCCCUCAGCCACUACCCCUGACCACCCCUGCCCUCAACCACUACUCCUCAGCUCCCCUCAGCCACUACCCCUCAGCCACUACCCCACAACAACUCACCCUCAGCCACUACCCCACAGCCACUGCCCCUGACCACUGCCCUCGGCCACUGCCCCACCAACCAGCUCCCCUCAGCCACUCCCCUCAGCCACUGCCCACAACCACUGCCCUCGACCACUGCCCCCAGCCACCCUCCCAGCCACUGCCCCUGACCACUGCCCCUCAGCCACUGCCACUCAGCCACUGCCCCAACCCUGCCCCACAACCACUGCCCCUGACCACUGCCCCUCCAACCACUGCCCUCAGCCACUGCCCCUCCAGCCACUGCCCCAAACCACUGCCUCCUGACCACCUGCCUGACCACUGCCCCUCAGCCACUUCCUCCCAGCCACUACCCCUGACCACUGCCCCCACUGCCCACUGCCCCAAGAGCCACUGCCCAAACUGCCCCUCAGCCACUGCCCUCCAGCCCUCUGACCUGCCCUCAGCCACUGCCCCUCCGGCCCCACUGCCCUCAGCCACUGCCCCUCAGCCACUGCCCUCAGCCACUGCCCUCAGCCACUGCCCUACCACUGGCCUCAGCCACUGCCCACAACCACUCCCCUCAGCCACUGCCCCAGCCACUACCCUCGGCCACUACCCCUCAACCACUGCCCCUCCCAAGCCACUGCCCUCCACCACUACCCCUCAGCCACUACACCCCUCGGCCUGCCUGACCACUGCCCCUGACCACUGCCCCUCAGCCUUCCCAGCCACUGCCCUACCCCCACUGCCUGCUCCCCUCCCAGCCACUGCCCCAGCACUGCCCUCAGCCACUGCACCUAAACCACUGCCUACCUGCCUCAGCCACUGCACAACCCACUGCCCUGACCACUGCCCCGCAGCCACUGCCCCCACUGCUACCUCCCCUCAGCCACUGCCACACCACUGCCCCUCAACCACUACCCCACAGCAACUCACUCCCCCUCAGCCACUGCCCCUCAGCCACUACCCCACCGCUCACCUCAUAAGCCACUGCCCCAGCCCACUGCCCCUGACCACUGCCCCUCAGCCACUGCCCACAACCACUCCUCCCACAGCCCACAGCUACCCUACCACUGCCCCUCAGCCACUGCCCCCCGACCACUGCCCUCCCACCUGCCCACAACCACUGCCCCUCGACCACUACCCUCAGCCACCUUCCUGA